AAGCUCCUCGUCGAUAUCGGAAGCGGUUUCAUGUGGGUAAACUGUGACGAUCACUACAUCUCAUCAUCUUACCGUCCAGCGCAGUGCAACUCAAUAGAGUGUUCCGUCGCCGAGUCCCUUACCUGCAACACCUGCAAUGACGCUCCCGGUCCCAACUGCAAUAACAACACUUGUGGUCUCUUCCCGGAGAACUCCAUCAUCAACCUCAGCACCACUGGCGAUGUCAUCGAUGAUGUCGCUCUCUUUAGGUCAAUUGACGGGAACUUUGCCAAAGUUCCUCACUUUCUUUUCUCCUGUGGGUCAAAUAACUUGCUAGAAGGUUUGGCCAGUGGUGUUCAAGGUGUUGCUGGCUUUGGCAGUACCCAGAUGGCCGUCCCAGUUCAGUUGUCAUCAGUUUUCAACAUUCAUCCACAGUUCGCACUGUGUCUUUCUUCAACUCGAUCCUCAAAUGGUUUCAUCUUUGUUGGUAAUGGAGGCAAUUACAAGCUAGCCCCUGGUAUUGAUGUUUCUAGCUCUCUCAUGAAAACACUACUUAUUCCUAACCCAGUGAGCACUCGAGUCUCCUUCAAAGGUGAAAGUUCGUCUGAGUAUUUCAUUGGCGUUAGCUCAGUAAAGAUAGACGGCAAAGCAGUGAAGAUAAACACAAAACUGCUGGAAAUAGAUCAUGAAGGAGUUGGGGGAACAAAGCUAAGCACGGUGACACCAUUCACUAGCAUGGAGACAAGCAUUUACAAGGCAGUCACCAGGGCAUUCAUCAAGGCAGCUGAAGCUAAGAAGAUGAAGAGUGUGGCACCAGUGAAACCAUUCAAGACUUGUUUUAGCUCUGAGAGUAUAAAGAGCACCAGGAUUGGGCCUGACGUGCCAAUUAUUGACCUGGUUUUGGGCAGUGAGGAUGUUUAUUGGAGGGUGUUCGGAGCUAACUCAAUGGUGGAGGUGAAGGAGAAAGGAGUGGUUUGCUUGGGUUUGGUUGAUGGAGGAUUGAACCCUCGUACUUCGAUUGUGAUUGGUGGGCAUCAACUGGAGAAUAACUUCUUGGAGUUUGAUUUGGCUACUUCGGUUCUUCGGUUUAGCUCUUCUCUGCUGUUUCGACAAACCACUUGUGCAAACUUUUAUUUUGGUUCCAAGCCUUAGAUUUGGAAGUAUGCUGCGUGAUGAUGUUGUUCACGGGUGAUCAUUGCUUGUGUCAUUAUGUCAGCGGUUUAUUUUAAAUUUUAAAUAAGGGUUCCUUGAAAGAUUUGCAUUGUGUUGGUUGGGUUUACUUGUGUGAUGUUUGACCAUGUUUUGACUCAAGUCUCCUCAGUUUAAGGCUGUCUUAGACUAAUUAAUUUGCUUUAAGUCUUAAGUAGAAUCUUUCUGAGUUAAUCAUUGACUGCAUUUUGGCAUGCCUUCGUAAAAUUCCGGAUCAUGUCGGCCUGGUGGAACUUCAUUUGAGCUGCAAUAAUUGAAGGCCAAAUUCCUCUAUAAAGCUCUCUUCUUCUCCUUCAAAACAACUCAACCUUUGGAGUUUUUGGUGUCAAAAGAAAGCCGAAAUUCAGUUUUUCUCUUGAAGCUCUUUUUGACGGAAGAAGGAAACUCUUCACCGGCAUCUCACCGACAAGCUUAGAGGGUUGCUGAAGCCCGUACAUGAAUUAUCUCUAUGUAUUAUUAUUGGUUUGUAUUUUUGUAUUUUUUUUUUGUUUUAUUCUUGUCUGUUGGUGAUAUUUCUGACUAGAUCCGAGAUCCGAGGCCUUGCAUUGAGUGUAGCCCAGUCAUGUUGGAUGCUGUUAGUCUGUCAAUGGGCCUAACUUUGGGGUUGGUGCUUGAAGAAGUAUUCAAUUCAAUAAAUGUGCAGAUCUCCUUUGAUAGACAUUACUUUAAUGAUGAAUGAUAUUUAAUUUCAACCCAUGCGGAUCUUAAUGUUCUCUCAUUUUCAGCGAUUCAAAAGGGAUUUUCAUUUAUACUAGUGAAACCUUUUUUAUUCAAGAUGAGUUACAAGGCUAAACAUUCCAUAUAGCUUUAGCGAAUAACCUUCCUCUAGAAUUCUCUUAUGUUAUCCACGUAAUUUCUAUUAUAUUUUUUCACUAUUUAUUUUUUUUUAAUUACUUUUUUUGGCAUCACUAUUGUGGCCAAAUAAGUGUUAUGA